CUACAAAGAUAAACCUCUAAAACCCCUUACCCUCCUCCCUCGCACACACCGUCGCAGGAGGGACGGUCUUCAGCCCAGAGGCUGCGGAACUCCCCCACCUGCCUAUGCCUAUGCCUAUGGCUAUUGCUAUGGCUAUCAACUUACAGCAGGUUUCUUGUUCGUUUUCCGUAGAAAAUAAAGGAGACCAAAAAAUGGAUCUUAAAAUACGGUGCAGCCCAAACAAAUUCUACUUCUCUCCUUGUGUAAGAAGAGGAGUAAUACCACUGAAUCAAACCCACCCAAAUCUUUUUUUCUUACCACUUCCUCGUUACAAUGGCAUCAAAAGAAGGAAGUCCAGCUUUCGUGUUUCUGCUUCCGUUAAUCCAGAUGGAUCAGAAGACGGCUCGGCUUGGACCAGAUUCUCGCGCUCAGUUCGCCGCACUUCGGAUGUUUUAUUAGAGAAUUUUGGGGAUUCAUUGAAGAAAGAAACCGGGGUUGAUUUGCAAGAUGCCAAUGCCAAGCUUUCUGAGGUUGUGGGUGGGAUUCAAGACUCCGUCUUGAAAGCCCGAACUCAGUUCUGGACUUGGAACGAGUGGCAACGUUGGAAGGAUGUCAAUAAUUGGGAACCCACAAGAAUAGGUGCGUUGGCAAUCUACCUAUUGGUGAUGGUCAUUUCAUGCAGAAGAAUAUAUAUGGCUGUUCGAGCUCCUUUUCUUGAUCGUCAAAUAAAACAAGUAUCCGAAGCCUAUAUGGAGGCUCUGAUUCCUGAACCAUCUCCAACUAAUAUCAGGAAGUAUAAAAAAGGUUUAUGGAGGAAGUCAAUUCCCAAAGGCCUUAAAAUGAAGAAAUUCAUUGAAGGACCCGAUGGAACACUUAUCCAUGACAGUUCUUAUGUUGGAGAAGAUGCAUGGGAGGAGGAUGCUACAGCUUCCAAGGACAAAGUUAAGGAAAUCAUCAACCAUGAUGUGAGUCUGAACACAGAAGACAAAAGAGAUCUUGAAAAAGAGCUAGGGCUUUCAGAUGUUAAUCAAGAAAGUAGAGGAACAUGGCAAGAAAGGCUGCAAAUUUGGAAAGAGAUUCUUAGGAAGGAGCAAUUGGCUGAACAAUUAGAUUCAUCCCGUUCUAGGUACACAAUUGAAUUUGACAUGGAAGAGGUUGAGAAGAGCUUUCGUGAAGAUGCGAGGGUGAAGGCGGAAGGCACAGAAGGGGCCAGAGCACUUUGGAUAUCCAAAAGAUGGUGGCGUUACCGACCUAAACUGCCUUAUACCUAUUUUCUUGAAAAGCUUGAUUGCUCCGAGGUUGCUGCUGUUGUUUUUACUGAGGAUUUGAAAAGAUUGUAUGUAACAAUGAAGGAAGGGUUCCCUCUAGAAUAUGUUGUUGAUAUGCCACUUGAUCCAUAUCUGUUUGAGAAAAUCACAAAUUCUGGAGCUGAAGUUGAUCUACUCCAGAAGCGGCAAAGCCAUUACUUGUUAAAACUUGUAGUUGCAUUACUCCCUGGCAUUUUGGUUUUGUGGUUUUUACGGGAAUCUCUAAUGCUUUUACGCAUUACUUCUAGGCGCUUCCUCUAUAAGAAGUAUAAUCAACUUUUUGAUAUGGCUUAUGCUGAAAAUUUUAUCAUGCCAGUUAGAGAAGUUGAUGAAACAAAAACGAUGUAUAAGGAUGUAGUGCUGGGAGGAGACGUCUGGGAUCUCUUGGAUGAGCUAAUGAUUUACAUGCGUAAUCCUAUGCAAUAUUAUGAAAAAGAAGUGAAGUUUGUUAGGGGAGUACUUCUAUCAGGACCUCCAGGGACAGGCAAAACACUAUUUGCACGGACACUAGCAAAGGAAAGUGGGAUGCCAUUUGUUUUUGCGUCUGGUGCAGAGUUCACAGAUAGUGAAAAAAGUGGUGCUGCACGAAUAAAUCAAAUGUUUUCAGUUGCAAGGCGAAAUGCUCCUGCUUUUGUGUUUGUAGAUGAGAUUGAUGCUAUUGCUGGAAGACAUGCAAGAAAGGAUCCACGAAGGAGAUCAACAUUUGAUGCACUGAUCACUCAGCUUGAUGGAGAAAAAGAGAAAACUGGCGUGGAUCGGUUUUCACUAAGACAGUCUGUUAUAUUCAUCUGUGCUACAAAUAGGCCAGAUGAGUUGGACCUAGAAUUUGUGCAAGCUGGACGUAUUGAUCGCCGAUUGUACGUUGGUUUACCUGAUGCAAAGCAAAGGGUGCAAAUUUUUGGCGUGCACAGUACUGGGAAGCAGCUUUCUGAAGACGUUGAGUUUGAAAAGCUGGUAUUUCGCACUGUUGGGUAUUCUGGGGCAGAUAUAAGAAAUCUUGUCAAUGAAGCUGGAAUAAUGGCCGUGAGAAAAGGACAUACAAAAAUCUACCAGCAAGAUAUUGUUGAUGUAUUAGAUAAGCAGCUCCUUGAGGGAAUGGGUGUGCUCCUGACAGAGGAAGAGCAACAGAAAUGUGAAGAACGAGUAUCUAUGGAAAAGAAGAGGCUGUUGGCAGUGCAUGAAGCUGGUCAUAUUUUAUUGGCACAUUUAUUUCCAAGAUUUGAUUGGCAUGCAUUUUCUCAGAUGUUACCUGGUGGUAAGGAAACUGCAAUAUCAGUUUUUUACCCUAGAGAAGAAAUGGUAGACCAAACUUACACAACAUUUGGCUACAUGAUGAUGCAAAUGGUGGUAGCUCAUGGUGGGCGGUGUGCUGAACGUGUUGUUUUUGGGAAUGAUGUAACUGAUGGUGGAAUGGAUGAUCUAGAAAAGAUCACAAAGAUUGCUCGAGAAAUGGUGAUAAGCCCUAGAAAUUCUAGGUUGGGGUUUGCUACUUUGACAAAUAGAGUCGGAUUGGCUAACAGAGCAGAUAGCACUGACGGAGAACUGAUAAAGUAUAGGUGGGAUGAUCCUAAUGUAGUUCCUGCUGAUAUGACAGUUGAAGUUUCAGAGCUCUUCACUCGAGAAUUGACAAGAUAUAUUGAAGAGACGGAAGAACUUGCAAUGAAGGGAUUGAGGGCCAAUAAGCACAUACUGGAUUUGAUUUCAACAGAGUUACUGGAGAAGUCGAGGAUUACUGGGCUGGAAGUUAAAGAGAAAAUAGGAAAAUUGUCGCCAGAGAUGUUUGAAGAUUUUGUUAAGCCUUACCAAAUUAAUGCAGAAGAGGAAGGACCACUGCCACACAAUGACCGCUUGAGAUACCAACCACUCGAUGUUUACCCAGCACCUCUUCACAGAUGUUGAAUAAAACCCAGUUUUCUUUCAGCAACCAUAGUGCAGGCAGGGAUGAAAUACCCCCACUAGUCUUUUUUCUUCUUUCUCUGCCUUGAUCAUGUAUUGAUUGUACAUUAGAUUGCAUUAUAUAUAAUAUAUAUAAGCAGCAGAAGCCUCGAUCAAUGUAAGAUGCUUCUUUUACAUCCAUGUCAAAUGCCGUCGAGUCCAAGUAUACAUGAUUGUACCAACGUCAAGAUUUCAUUCUCAUUUUAUAUAACAAAAAUGUUGCAUUUGCAGGUAU